AGUUUUUCUCGGAGCUGUUGUCGCUCUCUUCACUCGCACAUUUGCUGUCAGUCGCUGGAGCAACUCCGGCGGAUCUCACGGCGAGUCUGCGUUGUGGUGCACAGAGGUGCUGGUUUCUCUUUAUUUUCCGGAGGCUUUUGUGGAACAGAAGCUGUCACAAGUGGAAGGUUUUGUCAGUUCUUGGUGUUUUGUCUUUGGCAUCGACAUGAAGAAACGUGGGAUAAAGCACCUAAAGUGACCGGAGGACUAAACUGGCUCGCCUUCUGCUGUCAGUUCAUCACACACCAGCGUCUGGAGCUGCGUUGCCAUGGCCAAGUGGCUGAAAGACUACCUGAGCUUUGGCAGGAAGGUCCCUCCACAGCCACCCACGCCAGACUACUCAGAGAGCGAGAUCCUCAAAGCCUAUCGGCUCCAGAGAGACCUGGACUUCGAAGAUCCUUAUGAGGAAUCUGAAAACAGAUCGAGGGGGGAAUCUGGGACCUCUGACCCUGCCACACCAGUGUAUGGGUCUCCUAUGAAGUUAUCCAAUGCGGACGUGAAGUCUCCCAAACACAGACUGAUUAAAGUCGACUCACAGGAGUUGGGGCGCACGAAGAUUCUCCUCAGUGCCAUCUCUCUGGAGGACCAGCAAGAGCCUGUGGUACCGUCGGCUCCAUUGGCAGGGGACACAGAUUAUUCUGAUCCGUUUGAUGCUCGAUUGGACCAUCGACCAGAACGAGAGCCUGGACCUGUUCCCUGUGAGAAUAAUGGAUACAUGGAGCCAUAUGAGGCCCAGAGGGUCAUCACAGAGUUGCAGCGUGGCUCUGGUGGAGGAAGGAUGCGUGGAGGGGUACAGCUCUAUGACACUCCCUAUGAAGAUGAGCGAGGCCAAUGCUUGGGUUUUGUGUUUGGAGAGUCUCAAGAGGAGGGAAAAGAGAGCAGCAGGCUGCCGCAAGAUGAUGAGAGACCGGCCGAUGAGUAUGACCAACCCUGGGAAUGGAAAAAGGACCACAUCUCCAAAGCCUUUGCAGAAAUGAGGGAGUUGUCCGAGUUGCCCUGGCCUGCCCCGGUGGGUCAGCUGGAGGAGGAGCCCCCCGUCAGAGAGCUAGUGCAGUUUGAUGGUGCAGAGUGGGAUCGCUCCUCAUCACCUACAGAACGGUUGCGUCCCUCUGGGCCCAGGUCCAGCCCAUUGGCAGGAGGCGGGAUGAAGUUUCGAAUGCCGCUGGAAGGUCCAGCAAUGGUCGGGGAGAGAGUAGAUCCUACCCUCCCUCUGGAGAAACAGGUGUGGUACCAUGGCUCAUUGUCACGGUCGGAGGCUGAGUCGCUGCUAACACUGUGCAAAGAGUGCAGUUACUUAGUGAGGAACAGUCAGACCAACCGCUCUGACUACUCCCUGUCCCUACGGAGCUGCCAGGGUUUCAUGCACAUGAAGUUCACCCAGUGCAAAGAUGGCAAGUAUGUGCUGGGGCAGAACAGCCCACCGUUUGACACCAUCCCAGAGGUCAUCCACUUUUACACCACACACAAACUGCCGAUUCGAGGUGCCGAGCAUCUCUCCCUGCUAUUCCCGGUGCUGGUGCAGACACUCUGACUGGCCUGGACGCUACUUCUGGACCUCCAGGAUUUCAGUGUGAUGAGAGACUUCAAACGCAAAUGUUUGACCGGACUUUCCUUGCAGAUUGACAUCUCUUUCUAUUCCUGGUCGACUGGACAUCUUGAGAUUAUUCAGCAGAAUUCUGUUGUAACAGGUGUCUUUAACCACUAGGUGAACAAUUCACAUGGAGUGCAAUACAUCUUUGCUGUAGAAUCAUCUCUCUGUUGUCCAAGGAGACGUCUCAAUCCAUUUCCCUGCAUUUCUUUUGCAGCUGUCAGAAACUCAGUCGGUGUUAACAGAGCUGACGCUGGAAAAAAUCUGAAUGUACCGAGGACCCUGUUCAGAGAUCACCAAUAAGUUUAUACUGUUCCACAAAAACACUUGAGUACAGUGGUGAAAAUAUUGCUGUUGUUAGGGGAAAACCUUGCAAGUCAUUUUUUUUGCUGAUUUUUCAUGUUUGUACCAGAAUCAAUAAAUUAAAUUGUGCUGUAAAAGACAACAUUGCAUUUUACAUCCACAGACAGAGAAAAAAAAACCUUUUUUAUUUUUAUAAAUGCUCUAUAAUUACAGUUUUAAAACAAUGCUAUUCAUGAUGCAUAAAGAACUAUUUUGAGAGAAAGAAGGCUUCUACCCGCAGCAGUUAUAUUUCCAAGGAUUUUCUACACAAAGCCACACCUGUUCAUGUCCCUCCAGUCCGUUCUGUGUUCUUUGCUUAAGACUUGCUUGACACAUCUCUUUGUUAUCGUUGAUUGCUCAUGAUCGGCAACCGAGAAGUUGUGCUGUAUUCGUACUUGUGUUGACCUUUCUAACUUUUAUCUGUUGUUGCUUGCCUGUGUUGCUCUUGGUAAACAAUGCUGGGCUUGUUUGAA